ACCGUUCAGUCGGAAGCGGCAGUGCUGGGUCGACGAGUGUUGGAAAUUCGGCGUGUGCGUGCAUGUGUGUGUGCGUGUGGCUCCGCGUGCGUCUCUCUGCCCUCACGCACUCUCACUGCAAACACCCCUGCCUCUCUCUGCCCCUGCGCGCCCUCCAUGCCCCCGCCACUCUCCUGCAGAAGGCGAGGGAGACGAUAGAAGCAGAGCGUUGGCGCAUGGUGGUGCGGUGCUAGCGGGGCCGGCGGGGCGUGUGUGUAUGUGUGUGUGUGUGUUUGUGUGUGUACGGAGGUUCGCUUGGGGCGGCGUGGCGGCGGUGGCAGCGGCGGCGGUGUGUCCGAGCGGUUCAUUCACCCAGCGGAGUGCGUGGCGCCGGGGCAGACUCACGCACACACGUACACAUGCCGCGGCGGGAGCAUCACAGCGCCGCCCUGGACAGUAGGCGUACAUGAGGCUGCAGGUCUUCCUGGAGGAGGAGGAGAAGUGUGAUCAAAGAGCAGCGCGGGGCCCGGCGGGUAGCGGCAGGAUGGAGGCGGAACGGUUCCUGCUCAAGUGGAACAACCACCAGACCAACCUGGUGACGGUGUUCGACCAGCUGUACGAACAGGAGGCCUUCACGGACGUCACCCUCGCCUGUGAUGGGCGUACCUUCGCUGCCCACAAGGUGAUCCUGUCGGCGUGCAGCCCUUACUUCCAGGCGCUGUUCCUCGGCAAUCCCUGCAAGCACCCUAUCAUCUUCAUGCGGGACGUGCGUGCCGGCGACAUGGAGGCGCUGCUCAGCUUCAUGUACCGCGGCGAGAUCAACGUGCACCAGCAUGACCUGUCCUCCUUCCUGCGCACCGCCGAGAGUCUGCAGAUCAAGGGUCUGUCAGACUCCUCAGAGAGACACAAGGAGACCUCCAAGAUCCUGGAGGCCAUGGAGAGAAAGUUCUGUUCCUCCGGCAUGCAGCAGGCGCAGCAGCAGCAGCAGCCACAACCUGCGCUCAACGCAUGCACCCCAGUGGUGGGCGCCGCCCUUGGGGGCGCGCUGGUGCCCACCGUCGGGGCCGGCGACUCUCCGCCGCCAGCCGCUAAGAAAUUCAAGUCCCUGGAGGACCUGCCUCGCAUCCUGCCCAAGAUGAAGCCGCUGGCCACGCCCCCCGGCCUGGUGACGCCUGUGCCUGGUUUGCUUACACCCAUUACCCUCGCCGCCACCGUCAUGAAGAACGCUGCGCAUGCCGCCCACGCCGCCCAAAACGCUCGCGUCAGUCCGCCCACGCCCGAGACCACCAACUCCUCACCCACCACCGACGCCUCAACGCCCCCGAAAGACCGCAAGAAGGUGACUCACACAGUCAUCGAGGUGGACAGAGGACAGGAGGACUGCAAAACUACCUUCAUUGAAGGAUACAUAAGCGGGGACUCGCCUCACCCCGUCUACCUGGUGUCUAGCGUCGGGGGAGUCGCUGCUGCCACUUCAGGGAACUCUACGCCGUCCCACGAGGUGAAGGUGGAGGAAGAGGACCCGCUCGACGAAACCAACUCCUUCUCAGAUGAUCCCACCUCAGGACUCGGGGACAAUGAUGACAGCUCCAUGACGGCGUGUUAUAGCGAGGAUGUGCUGGGACCCACGCGGGACAAGCUCACCUACCCCUGUCGGUACUGUGGCAAGCGGUUCACGCAGACGGGCACCUGCAGGAGGCACGAGCGGCUGCACACGGCGCCCAACAGCUUCAAGUGCCCCAUCUGCCAGAAAGGGUUCAACCGCAAGUACCGCCUCAAGGAGCAUAUCGUGGCCUCGCACCCCCAUCACUCGGAGGAGGGUGACCUCAACCUCAUGAUCAACACCUCGGCCACCACCCUGGCGUGAGGGCGUGGCACCGGCGAGGGCGGGGGCGUGGGUGGACUGGCAGAGGUGGCAGCGGCGGCUUCCGGUGACCCUGGAAGCAAGCCGUCCUGGAUAAAGAGGAGGAAGAGGAGGAGAAGAAGGAAAAUUAAGAGGAGAAAUAGACGGAGUGUGCGCGCCCCUCUGCCCGCCCUCCACGCCCUCCACCUCCCACGCCUGGCUGGCCGCGGCCUCGCAGCUUCCCUUGGUGACUGCAAACCAACUUAGCGCAGCCCGCAGCACUAACACCUAACACCUAACUCACUAACCAGGCUCCCCACCCUUCCCCCUUCCCUCUCCCCUCCCUCCCCCCCAAAUCUCACAGUAGCAUGUGGCAGGUAUGCGCGGCGCUCCGUGGACGACACCAUCCUAUCAUCAUCAUCAGCAGCAGCGACAAAGAUGAAGACACAAAAACGUCACCCAAAGAACAUGAACCAAAGUUACAACCGUGUACUUAAGUUGCUUGUUCCUCCCUCCCUCCCUGCAGGCCCGUGUGUGUGUGUGUGUGUGUGUGUGUGUGUGUGUGUGUGUGUGUGUGUGUGUCAGUGUGAGUGUCAGUAUGUGAGCCGGGCCGUUCAAGACGUGUGUAGUUUAUGUAUUGUGUACAUAUAUAAUUUCCCUCCCUUUCCUCCCACUUUCCCAUCACACAUUCCUCAAGUUAAGGCAAAAAAUAUCAGUGGUUUUGUUUCUGAUAUUCCUGGCGUGUGUUUUGUUGCAUGUAUUUAUUAAUUCUAUUGUGUUUCUCAUCAUUAUUGUUAUUAUUUUUUUUUUGGCUUUUGUACUUCGCUCUCAUUUUCUACGACACAAACUGUGAUAGGGGAAUCUUUAAUUAAGUCAUAAGUUGCACCUUUAUAUUAGACAUACGUUAUUUUUAUUUCCUCUUCGUUUUGUCCAGUAAGUUACGUUUAAUUUCUAGUGGUUUAUUAUUAACGUGUUUAUUUAUUUUUGUUCUCUAUAGAUUUUUCUUCAUUUAUAUAUAUAUAUAUAUAGAUUUAUGACCCAGGAGAAGAGAAUGGCCUUGACCUUGUAUUUUGGAAGGGAAAGGUCAGGGAUUCACGUGACAGUGUUGUGUGGCUCUUUCCUCCUCCUCCUCCUCCUCCUCCUCCUCCUCCUCCUCCUUUCCGCACAGCACUGUUACCAUUUCUCAACCCGGGUAUAGAAACAUCGUCUCAUUUCAACCCGGUCCAAAGAAUCUCAUUUGAACUGUGGUCUCAAUGUGCAAUUCGUCUCUCUCUCUCUCUCUCUCUCUCUCUCUCUCUCUCUCUCUCUCUCUCUCUCUCUCUCUCUCUCUCGUUGAAACACAUUUCCAAAAGAGAGCGAGAGAGUUAGAGAGACAUUUUUCCCCUCUUCUUUUUUUAUAGUUUGUUAUUGCAUUUAUAUCAAAGUGUUAGGUUGUUCCUCAUGUUAUUUGUACAUUUACGUUAGCACCGGACUUGUGUGUGUGUGUGUGUGUGUGUGUGUGUGUGUGUGUGUGUGUGUGUGUGUGUGUGUGUGUGUGCGUGUGUGGGUGUGUGCGCGUGUGUGCGAGUACAGUUAUAAUGGCAGAGUUAGUGACUGGAGAACCGUGACACACACACACACACACACACACACACACACACACACACACACACACACACACACACACACACACACACACACACACACACACACUGAUGUCUGGACUGCACUCGUGUAGGAAAGGGAGUCGGUGGAUAGGGAGCGAAAGAAAGAGAGAGAGAGAGAGCAAGUGGAUUGAUUAGUUUAGUGGAUGGAGAUUAGUGGAAGUGGAGGAACACGUGGGAUGAAACACUUUGCAGGUGGAGGAAGUUAUCAAUAAUUUAGAUGAGUAAUUGACUAAGAAUUAAUUAAGUUUACCAAAAGUGCAAUGCGUGGGGGAAUGAAUGUAGCGGUAAACCUAAGCAGAGAGAGAGAGAGAGAGAGAGUAGUUGGAGUAUCCUAUGGAAGUACUUAGUGGAGACAAGCAGUUACAGUAGUUAGAUUAAGGAGGAGAAAAGGAAGGCGAGGGUACGUAGUAAAGUUAAGCUAAGGAUGGAGGUAAUGGGUUGGAGGAGGAAGAUGGAAGACAGUGAGAGAAAGAGAGAUUAGAGGCUGAGGACAGAAGGGAGGGAGGGAGGGGGACGAUCCAGCCCACACCUUUAACUUUACCUGUGUACAGUGGCACCUGUAUCACCUUUGCACCUCAAGUUAGCAUUUAAGUUGUUUCCAAGAGCACCCUUUCUAAGUCAGCGAUCUCAGUUCUUGCCUCGUGGCCGCCGCGUGCAGGGGAGAAAGUGUCGCCAGUUGUCCCUUGUGUUCAUGUAGUUAGCGCAGAACCUUCUGCCUUUCCAUAAGUUUACCGUGAGAGUGGGAACAAAUUUGGUGGGUUGUGUGUACCGUAAUGAGUUGACUGUGUGUAAGCAAACUAAGUGGUCGAUUAUUAUUUUCUUUCUUUGGUUGUCUGAUGUAAACAAAACCCCAAGUAUUCGGUUAUUUUAAUGUUAUCAAGCCCACGUGGUCGGUUGCCUUGAUGUAAACAAACCCACGUGAUAGGUUGUCUCAAUGUCAACAAGCCCACGUGGUCGGUUGCCUUCAUGUAAACAAAUCCACGUGGGCGGUGUAAACACAGGACCGUCUCCCCUGCAUUCUGGCGAAACAUUACUAUUAUUUAUGUAAAGUGUUUUAUUAUUGAUAAUAUUAUUUCGUUAUUGUCUUGAGUGCGUGGGAAGCAAGGGCAGUCAGGAAAAAUGUGUUUAUUUGUAUUUCCCUACACUUUUUUAUAUCCAUCUUUUGCCGUGAGUGAGUGAGCGAGCGAGAGAAAGUGAGUGAGGUAGAGAGAAUGAGCGCGUGAAAGAAAGCUGCCUAAAAAAGCGGACCCCAAACACUACCCUGUAUGAUGCCUUUAUACUCGGUAUAUACAUUAUAUAUUAUAAAUAAUAAUAUUAAUAAUAACAGUUAUGCUCCCCACACCACCCACCCCUAAGCAAGUUUGUACCAGAUGAUAAAGUUUGUACUGGAGGUUUCCUAGCAAUUAAGCUGCGAUAUAUUACUACGUAACUAGUAACCAACCAGCGUACAAGAGGGGAUCGACGUGCGCAGUAGGGCGACGCUUGAGGCCCGUCCUGCGCAUGUUACGUAGCAAAGACAAGUAGUUCGUGAAGAUUUCUUUUAUUCCGCCGCGGAGGGUGUGCUGCGGCGUAUCCCCCCCGCGGCCGAGGCGGCUGUGGGGGGCGAGAAAUUAUUUUGUGUAUCUGAAGGUACAGAGGCGCUUCUCUGCCCGGGCGCCUUGCUCAAGUGCCGCGCGCCCCGCCCCGCCCCGCCCGUGCCCACGCCUGCGCCCACACACACACACACACACACACACACACACACACACACACACACACACACACACACACACACACACAAGAUGUACUUAACGCCAUGCUAACCGCACGUACACUAUUGUGGACACAUAUCCUAAUAUCAUUCAAACAAGGUAGAACUGUACUUAAUAUUAAUUACUAGAAUACCCGUCCUCAACUUAUGCACACACACACACACACACACACACACACACACACACACACACACACACACACACACACACACACACACACAUUCCCCGGUGUCUUCCCAGAGAAGUUCCAUAACGUGGCAUCCACUUCCAGGGAUGUUUAGUGCAAUGUUCGGAGCCAUUCCUGUCUCAUUCCACCUCCGCCAGUCAGCGUUCGUCUCAGCACAGGUGGCAUUCCAGUGUGUGGGGGGCACGUUGGUAACUAACAUUCCAUAAUCGUCACUUUCGAGGGCGUGAGGGCUGGGGGGCGGGGGGCUUGCGGCUCAUCGUUUGUAAUCCUAUUUCUGAAAGAGAAUAAAUUUGUGCUUCCAGGAGCGA